UUCUCCACAAAUCUCUCUCUUUCUCUCUCUCUUUCUCUCUCAAUUUCAAUCUUUUUUAUCAGAAAGUAAUUAAUUAAUUAACAUGGGCAAAGGAGCAAAGCUAACAAAACUGAAAUCUUCAGUAAUGAAAAAAUGGAAUUCCUUCAGCAAACUCGGUCGCAGUUUAAGCGACCCUUCCGGUAAUUCCACUAAAAUCUCCGCCGCCGCUUCCUCCUUCUCUUCCUCCUCCGACGACUCCAACAUUCUCCGAACCGUCUACGUAGGCAAGUCUAGGCGCAGAUACCUCGUCAGCUCCGACGUUAUCGACAACCCUGUCAUCCGGGAACUUUCGUCGGAAUCUGAUCAAGACAGCGACGCCGCCGCCGCCGCCGUCAUCGUUGAUUGUGAAGUGGUCUUGUUUGAACAUCUACUGUGGAUGCUUGAAAACGCUGUUGAAUCGCCGCCGGCUGAGUCUCUUCACGAGUUCGCUCAGUAUUAUUCAUGUACCUAGCUAGUCUAGCCUAGCUAGAUCCUAAAUCCUAAUUAACCAUUUCAAAUUAA